AUGCCAAAGAAAAGACCCGACCUUGAACAAAUACAACAUCAGCUGUCAGACAUUGCUUUGGCAGCUCAAAAUACUUGCAAACACAAAUACUCUGCCAAGGAAGUGCAGCAUUUGCAGAACCGGCUACAUCAUAUUGAUGAAAAGUAUCGAGAAGGCGUGAUUGAUGAUCGUGAUAUGAGCAAUCCCAGUGAUGACCCCUACGAACAUCAAGGGCAAGCUCAAAUAGCGGAGGAGCUUAACAGUAUCCACCAAACGCUUUCAAACAUGUUGGAGAAUGCACACCCAAAGUCGCAAUAA